UACCAGGAAGCUACCAAAUUGCACAAAAGCUAGCAUUAUCCGCCCAUAUCGCCAACAAACGCAGUCAAAAAGCUGUAAACAAAAACAAUUGAACUUUCACCGGUCGCCCAAUGCGCACGGGGGCGCCCGCGCCCCGCGUUAGUCUGCCGGCGGAGCCCGACCGGCGCGCACGUCCCGCCAGUUUCCGCGAACUUCGCGAGUGUCGUGUACUUACGUACCAUGAUCGCCCGUGCGCUGGCUGUGCUAGCCGCCGCGGCGCUCGCGCUCGCCGCCCCUGACCCGUGCUACGAGGACGGCCGCCCGCGCCGAUGCAUCCCUGACUUUGUCAACGCAGCUUUCGGAGCCCCUGUAGCUGCUUCCUCCAUCUGCGGACGUCGAGGACCUGAGCGUCUCUGUGAUCCUCCAGGAGAUGAUGAACCUGAGAACGCUUGCAGAGUUUGCGAUGCUACCCGCUCCGAUCGCCGCAACCCACCUACUCAUCUAACUGACUUAAACAACCCUUCUAACGUUACCUGCUGGCGUUCAGCCGCUCUAGCCCCUGUCUCCUACGAAUCCCCACCCGAUAACGUCUCUCUAACCCUAUCCCUGGGCAAGAAAUACGAGUUAACUUACGUGAGCCUCCAGUUCUGCCCGAAAGCUGCACGACCGGAUUCCGUAGCGAUCUACAAGAGCGCGGAUUAUGGAAUGACCUGGCAACCGUUUCAAUUCUACUCAAGCCAAUGCCGUCGUGUUUAUGGCAGGCCUAAUAAAGCUUCAGUGACAUCUGCGAACGAGCAAGAAGCUAGAUGCUCAGAUUCCCAUAGGAUGGCUGGUGAGGGCGCAAGCGGAUCUCGCCUAGCCUUUUCAACUUUGGAAGGCCGUCCUAGCGCUCCGAACUUCGACAUAUCGCCUGUGCUACAAGACUGGGUGACUGCUACUGACGUGCGUGUAGUGUUUAACCGUUUGCACAUGGUAUCUGAGGGUGACGAGGUGGAUUACAAGAAGCAGGCAGCGGGUGGGACGCAGCACUACGCUGUGUCUGAUUUCGCUGUCGGUGGACGGUGCAAGUGCAACGGGCAUGCUUCUCGAUGUGUUCCGAUGAAGGGAGAAGAAGGGCAGCAGCAGCUGGCGUGUGACUGUCGGCAUAACACGGCAGGCCGGGACUGCGAGAGGUGCAAGCCGUUCCAUUUCGACAGGCCGUGGGGACGCGCGACGGCGAGGGACGCCAACGAAUGCAAAGAAUGCAACUGCAACGGCCACGCCCGCCGCUGCCGAUUCAACAUGGAGUUAUACAAACUGUCAGGCCGCGCCAGCGGCGGCGUCUGCCUCAAAUGCAGGCACUUCACUGCUGGAAGACAUUGCCAUUACUGCCGAGAGGGCUAUUAUAGAGAUCCUACCAAGCCCAUCACCCACAAGAAGGCUUGCAAACCAUGCGAUUGUCAUCCAGUGGGAGCGAGUGGCAAGACCUGCAACCAGACGAGCGGGCAAUGCCCGUGCAAGGACGGCGUGACUGGCACGACGUGCAACCGCUGCGCUAAGGGCUACCAGCAGUCCAGGAGCCACAUCGCGCCCUGCAUACGUAUCCCUCGAGUGGUGACUGCAGUACAGGCCAUGGAGGCAGUCGACGGGGAGCCGGCGCGCGCGGCGGAUCAGUGCGGCCGGUGCCGCGCCGGCGCACGCACGCUAAACCUCAACAAGUUCUGCAGCCGAGACUACGUCAUAAUGGGCAAGGUGGUCGGACGCGAGGCGAGCGCGCCGGGCGACGAAUGGGCGCGGCUGCAGCUCAGCGUGCAGGCGGUGUACAAGCGCGGCCCGCGGAGCCGUCUGCGGCGCGGCGCCGCGCCGCUCUACGUGCGCGCCAGGGACCUCGCAUGCAAGUGCCCGAAGCUCAAGAUUAAUAAGUCAUACCUAAUCCUAGGAGUGGAAAAAGAAGGGGCCUCAUCAGGAAUGCCAGGGCUGACGGUAGGCGAUCGGACCCUGCUGCUGGAAUGGCGCGACGACUGGCACCGACGCAUCCGACGUCUGCAGCGCCGCGCUAUCAACUGCCACUAAUGUUGCAAAUUUAGCCAACUUCAGGUCUCGUAGAACCUUGAACAGCAUUAAGCGGCAAAUGUCGAAUCAAUAGCGGUGCGCGGCGGCCAUUUUGUAAAGCAUUUGCAACGCCAUCUUGGUGUAAACGACUGUAAUAACUUGUUUGACGUUUAGUGGUAAGCAUUGUCCGAUUGUAGUUUAUUGCCACUAUCCCGUUUUGCGUAGUAACUAUUAAUAUUCGCCAGUUUUUACUCAUAAUUUUUAAUACCAAAAAUAUCUUAAAUCGUCUUUUCUACUUCCUAGGGUUACUUUAUAAAAAUGUACAUUAAAAGAUUUAUUUAUUUAACAAAUUUAAGAUAGGGCUACCGAUUGUUUCGUUCCAUUACUUGCAUUUUUGUAUAAUUGUUACUUAUGGAAUGCAUGUUAUAUAUUGUAAGUACAACUAACGGCGUCGGAUUUACCAUUUUGACAGAGUCGUGGUAAAGUCAUCGAACACUUAAUUUUAUUAUAUAUGACACGGUGACACGCUAUCCUCAUGUUUUUACAAGGAAGUGUCAAGGACAAGUGACAAGGCUACGGCCAGUCAAGAAAAAUCGUAAAAUUGGGGUGUUCGUAUGUUUGUAUGAGGAAGUACUUAUCGAUUGGCAAGAUUUGUCGAUGUCUUCUCGCUCUGGCCUAACUUAAUUUCUUAUGUCGUGUCGAUUGUACAAGUUAGAUUUAGGUCACUCACGCGAUAGUCACAAUGGUUUAUAUACCUCAUUUAUUAAUAUAGACUUAUAUCGUUAAGGGUUACAUAUUUAAUUUAUAAUAGCUUAGAUUUUCUACUUGCGCGACUUAUUAUGAAAAUCGCAUUUGAUUAUAAAACGAAUGGGCUCGUUUCAACUGGGUGAUAUUGGGUUUGAAUGAAGUAAUACUUGAUAACGUUAUCAGUUUUAAAAUACGAACUCAAUUCAAGUAGCUACCUUUUUCUUGCGUAGAAAGUGACCAAAGUCAUAUAUAUGUUUACACUAAUCAGCCAGCAAAAUGUAGUGGACUUUUUGCACUGAGACGUCCGCUACUGAGAGUACUAAUCAUAGAGGGCAAUGACCUCGAACCAUAACUGCCAUAUAAGACUGUUAAUGUAUGAGUGAGACAGACACACAGAGAAUGUGCCGCUGUUUCUUUCGCUCCUUUCGUUGGAAUGCGCAUUUUGUUAUUUAAAUAAGUUGUAUUUAUUUGUGACUUUGGUCAUUUUAGCGCUGUAGCAGAUUGUGCAGCUGUAGUAGAUUUUCAUUAAGGGUGUUUCCACCAUUUAUUUACCUUUUUCUAAAAGGUUUUGUUGCUAAAGUUAAAAUUUGAUAAUUUGCAUAAGGCUUUAAAUUAUCGAUCUAAAUAUCUAAUAAAUUAAUUUAAGGAAUCUAGAGCAAGCUCGGUUGUCCAUGGAAACGUAGUUACGAUCUCAUUUUAAAACAACUAGCUAGAUUGCCCUGAAACUUUGUACUUACAAUCAGAUAAGGCAUACCUAUGCCUGUAAGUAAUUAGUUUCUUUUGUUUUAGAAGCUGGAGCUAUAUAAACUAAUUAGGCAUGACAUGUAGUAUUGUCACUGUAUGUGCAAAGUUUCAUUACAAUCCAACACAUAGUUUCAAAAUGAGAAUGAGACUCCGUUUGUAUGGGAAGGUGAAAUUCGGCCGAGCUUGCUGCGGACUCUUAAUCUGCUACAAACUCUUGCCAAAGCAGUGUACAGUUUAUAAAAUCAUUUGUUUUUCUAUCGCUUUGAAUAUUUAGGCCACUGUCAGACUGUCACUUUAAGGGCCACAAUUUUAACACAAUUUCAAUAUAUUUAUUUCCUUUUAAUAAAAUUUUAACUUUACAGCAGGUUGUUCGUAAGAGUAGGAAAUGAUUCCUCCGUACUAGAAAAAACUGUAUGUAAUGUCCAAGUAAAGUCCUGAAGCUACUUGCCACUUAUCUGACGAAUAAAGUCAUCGUUGCCGUUUCACAAUCUUCAAAUAAGCUUAACUGCUAGAUAAAUACGUUUACAACUUUUUAAGGUAGUUUUAUCUGGCAGUUAAUUAGAUAUCCAAUACUUUACUCUGACUUUGUAUUAUAAAUAUGUAUGGUGAAACUUGGAACCAGGAGAAAACAACAUUAGGUAAGUCCAUAAUAAUCUAUAGAUAAAAUGACGUAAACUUUGAUUGAGUUUGGGUUUAUUUGGCUCUCGAUAUGACAACAUGGAUAAAACAAAUAAAUGCCAGUCAAAUAGCAAUACAGUAUGAAAAUAAUGACAGUCGGCUAAAAUGUUAAAAAUAACAAUCUCUAACUACAUGAACAAUAUGCGCCUAUGAAGGUAUGUACAGUAUUAUUAGCUUUACUAAGUUUAAAUACUUAUUAACUAUAGGGAUAAUUGUGACGUCAUUUUUUAUAUUCAUAAAUUCUUAUCUUAUUAUUUCAACAGAAUUUUCUAUCUGAUAUCCUAUCGUUUAUUCCAGGUACAUUUUCAGCCUAACGUUUCUAAUAUGUAGUAGGGUCAAUUAUGAAAAUUAUUUUAAACAAGUUAUUCACAUAUUAUUUAGUCAAAAAAACGCUCGAUAUAUUUCGAUCCGUUUUUGAGGGUCUUCAACUGGAGCACCGACUGCAACGUCGCUACUGAUCGAGCGCGACAUGUAUACUGUCAUACUACAUGUCUACUGUAUACAAUGUAUACAUGUCGAUUUUAAUACAUAUGUUCGAGUCUCAUGAGAGUUAAAGGGUCACUUGGUUCUUCAAAUUUAUGGAAAGAUCUUAAAUUUAAGAUUCCUUUCUUUCUUUUGAUUAAAAUUUUACAACUUUUGUGACAUUAAAACAAACAAAAAUUCCUCCCUGGAUGUUUCUUUCUCCAUUAUCCACAAGAUAAUGGCUAAACGAACCAUUUUACCGUUAAACUAUUCUCGCAUUCCCCAGGUGCAAAUAAUACAGAAUCACGACAAUUGAGCUGUCAAAAUUACACGCCCGUCUAAAAUGACGGAACUCACCUGGCUUUGACAUUCAAAUUUGAACUUUGUUACUAGCUUAACAAAUUUGAGAGUUGAAUGGAAUUGCGGAUGCAGUUAACAUAAGUUAUUCGGGAGUAAAUUAUGCAUGCGAUUGUGAACAAUGCUGCAAAUCAUCUGACGUUCAAUCGAUAACAAUCGGCUGCCAACAAUAAUCUGUGACAGCGGAAUCCAACAGUUUAGCCCUAAUCUAAUGUAAAUAUUCUUUGAAAUAAGGAAAGUAUCUAAAGAGAGUUACAUACAGACUAUAAAUUAAACUGCUAUAUACUGAUUAUAAUUACUACUAAUAUAGUAUCGAUGACUUUCUUUUUAAUUUAUUUAUCUGCGCCUAUCAUUACCCCUUAAAAGAUAGAUCACAUAAAAAUAUUACAUGUUUAAAAUGACGUCACAAUUUCAAAAUUCAGCAAAAUCGGUUAUUUUCAAUAAUGUAGACUUAGAUUCUAUUCUUUACAAUAAUCAAAUAUAUUGACAGUCUGACGCAGAUUGCUUCAUAGGUGAAGUAAAAAUAACCACGGGCUUUAAAGAAUAAGUUUACAACUACAAUUGUUUUAAAUAUAGAAUACAUUAAGCUAAGAUUACGGCUUAACUCAUGUUUUUAAAGUCACUCACGCGGCGAGUCUCGCACUCACGCACGAUGCGUACGCGGUAAGUUAAAACAUGCGUAAGUUAAACUUAGCGUAAAAUUAACCUAAUGUUAGUAUGAUUUAAGACAGUUUAAAUUUGAUAAACAAAACAUUAUUGAAAAUAACCGAUCAUCGUUUAGACGUAUGUAACAAUCAUAGUUUCACAAGUAACUGACUGUAAAAAGUGUAUUUAGUUGUAGAUUAAUCUAUUAACCUGUUUCUAGUUAUGCAUAUCUUUAGAAUCGUAAUUUGUAUAUCCUAAAUGUUGACACUCAAGUCAUAGUUGACUCGAAGAAACAACGGCAAAUGACUACUUCACUAUUGUAUUUUAAGUUAGAUAGGACUGUUGUUUAAAUACAAAUAUUUUCUUGUUUUUUGUCGUGUAUAGAUCGUGUCAUUCACGACGACGCGAGCCUUGACUCGUAUCGUCAUGUUAUUAAAGGUUAGAUUUGACAAAUCUGCGCGUCAUCGUGGAUGACACGAAUUAUAGUACUGUAAUUAAUCUUUAAUUUUAUUUGUAUUUCAUAAGUACCUAUCUAUCCAUACAAACAAUAUAUCUAUGAAAUGGGGUUGCCUGAUUCAUCAUCAUCGAUUACAUGGCUUGAGUGUUAGCAUUUAGCUAAAUGUUGUCGUUUACGCGCUAUUGUCAAUAAGGAUUAAUUGAAAACUUUGUAAUAAAUGUCCCAACGCUUGACAACUGCAAUAGCUGUCACCUGAUCACUGACAAUAGAGGUAAGAAUAAGUUAACUAUUGGAAUUAAGUGGUCUUUGGAUAUUUAAUACAAUUCUCUCAAUUUCUAGAAACUCCGAAUGUUGCUGUUCGAAUUUGUGCCAUGUUAAAAACAGACGAUAUUCAUUCAUUUUUUAACAGAUUUAUGCCAUAUUUUUUUCUGUUGUUUAUUUGAUAAAUGUUACUUAUAAUUUGAUAAAACCUUUGGACUUUUUUGAUAGAGAUAUUCAUAUGUGAAGUUGUUUGAUUUUUCUAAUAAUCCAUAUCAUAAUAGCGCGUAACAUUAUAAAAUAAAAUAAUAUAAUGUCUGAAUCUAAUCUACGAUUAUUAUAAUGGUCGUUUUGUAUUUCGACGUAAUGUGAAUAUUAAUUUGUACAUUUUAUUUAUUAACAGGUAAUAACUUACAUUUAUUUGGUAAAUGUGUUGACGUAUAAAUGCCAUUCCAGUCCAGGAAAAGGUUUAAGUGCUGUCAAAAGAUUUAAUUUGUGACUCAUUUGUAGCUUGUCCCAGUGGCAUACAACAUGAAGGUCGCUAGAUACCUCAUACUACUCACUGUCACAAGGUACGAAAUGGGUCACAAAUUAACCCCCUUAUUCAUAAACGUCUACUAAAGUUGACAAGCCGCUAAUAAUCGUUUGUCCAUCAUACUAAUACGUCGGAAAGGGACAAACGAUUAUUAGCGCCUUUCAACUUUAGUAGACGUUUAUGAAUAAGGGGGUUAAUCUUUUGACUGUACAUAUUUAAUAUGAGAUGUCGAACUGUCUAAGCCUACAUGCUGAACAGUAAAAAAGAAAUUCAGUACCAUUUCGUACCUUGUGACAGUGACAAUCAAUAUGAAUGUGGCUAGAGACCUCAUAUACUUAAUUGUGUCAGGGUACGAAAUGGUCCUGAAAUUAAAUUCCCUGACCGUACAAGAUAGAGAAAGACUCCAACAGUUAGGAAAGUUUUCGGAAUUAUGGAAUUUUCUAAAAUCUGUCCAUAUAGAAAGUUUCACAAUAUUGAAAAUUUCCGUCUAAAAUCAGUGUCAAGCCUAUUGUCUUUAUAGAUUUUUCGUGAAUUGAUUACCACAAAAAAUGUAGUCAUCUUACGACAUGAAUUAAAACCGAUCUUUUUAGGUAUUGUUUGUUUUUUCAGGUAAAUAAUUAUCCGUCUAGAAAAAUCGAAUAAAAACUGUCCAUUUUGAACUAAAAGUAUGUUUUAACGCACAAAGGCCUAUUAUGAAAAAUGCAACCGUUCGAAAUUAAAAGUAAUGUAUGGUAGUUUACUUAUUUAUAUUUAAGAAACGUCAAUUGUAUUACGGCAUUGCACAAUUGUUUAUUAGUUAUCCAUAGAGAAAGAAGACAUUCAAAGUUUCCUACAUUUUUUAUGCAGGGUGAUUCAGGAGGUAUUUCCUUUGCGCUACGACAUGGGAUUCUUCAAGAAGCGGGUAUUUAGGUUUCCCAAGGGUCGGCUCCUAUGGUGUUGCUUAUCUCCAUGGGCGACGACGACCGCUUCCCAUCAGGCGGCUCGUCUGCUCGUUUGCUGACUAUGCUAACAUAAAAAAAAUCUAGUGUAUAAAAAAACGCUUGAAUUUAUUUACGACAUGCAUGGACACCCUACAAUUCUGUCAAAUACCGAUCCAUCUCUCGAUCUCUUUGCUUUAUCCAUGACAAGUAUCAAAUUGAAUGUCAUCAGGGUUUGGUUACUUUUGAAUGAUCGUAUCUUACGCAAGUAACACAUUUUUCUUUAUAAUCAAAGUGCUGUCAUAACGGUUAAAAAGGUUGAUUUUAUCUUUAUUGAUGUGAUUGUUUCACUCAAACACUAUCGUUAACGAUCCAUUAAAAUUUUCUGAAUAGGUUGGUCCUGCUCGCGUCUCAUGAAUUACCCUGUAUAAAAAAUGUGAAGUCUAAGCGAUAAUAUGACGUUCUUACUUCUCUAUGGCAAACAAAUGAAAUAGUGUUAGUAGUGUAUUUGCAAUAAUCAUUAAUUGUGUUUUAUAAUACCCUGCUCCUGUGAUGUAAUAAAUGUUAUUGGUUAUAUUUAUUUAAAAAUAAAACUACAUUAUUAUACUUA